AUGUUCAAUCGCGGUAACUGGCAGGGUGGUUUUGGGCGAGGUGGAUGCCACCAAGGAAGAGGAGGUUUUCAGCAGGGCGGAAACCCACAAGAUGGUCCUCACAGUGGUGAGGCCGACUCAUACUAUUCUCAAGGAGGUCCUGAGCAGCAGGGAUACGGCCAACCUCCCCAACACCAGCAGAAUUUCUCGCCACCUGGCUACCAGAACCAGUACCAAGACAAUUACAACCAGGGCUAUCGAAAUGAUGGCCCGCCUGGCUCUGGCGGCCCGGGAGGUGAGGAUGGCGAGCGUGGUCUUGCCGGUGCAUUGGCUGGUGGUGCCGCUGGUGCUUUCGGAGGCCACAAGGUCGGCGGCAACAUCGGCCACAGCAAGUCGAGCACCUUGCUCGGUGCCGUCGCCGGCGCUUUCGCCGGCCACAAGCUUCAAGAUGGCGUGUCUGAUUGGAAGCACAAGCGGGACGAUGAGAAGCACGAUGAGCACAAGAACGACCACCACGAGUCCCAUGAGCACCACCACCACCACGCCAGCCACAGUGAUGACAAACCCCGCAGCGGCAACUUUGCUGGUGGUUUCACAGGCUCAUCCCGAGACAUCCGCCUGGACACCCACGGAGACUACAACCUCCACGCUUCCUGCAGACGUCGGGACGGCGAAUGGCAGAGCAGCACCAUCAGCCUGAACCGAAUUCUCGAGAAUGACCAGGGGAGCUUCCGCUGGUGUAGCGGGGGUGGCAACAACAGUGACUCGUCCUAUACUGUCCAGCAGGGCGACACCCUCCGCAACAUCGCUGCGAGAUACAACGUUGGGUUCGACGAGAUCGCCAGGCACAACAACAUUCCCAACCCCGACCAGAUCUGGCCUGGCCAGGUUCUCCAGAUCCCAGGCCGUGGCGGAAGUGCGUCCGGUAACUUUGGGGCCUCCGCACGGGAUGUGCGCCUGGUGCAGGGUGGCCAGAUCCUCGAGGCUGAGCUGUCUCGGAACGGACAGUGGGUCCGCAGCUCCAUCAACUUGGAUGAGAGAAUAGGAAACGACAACGGAACUCUGCACCUUGUUUAA